AUGAGCUACUACAGCGGCUACUACGGAGGCCUGGGCUAUGGCUAUGGCGGCUUUGGAGGCCUGGGCUGCGGAUUUAACAGCAUCCGCAGACUGGGCUACGGCUCUGGCUUCAGAGGCUUUGGAUAUGGCUCUGGCUAUGGAGGCUUCAGAGGCUUCGGAGGCUUCGGAGGCUUCGGAUAUGGCUCUGGCUAUGGCUCUGGCUUUGGAGGCUACGGAUAUGGCCACCGCCGCCCUUCCUGCUAUGGAGGAUAUGGGUUCUCCAGCUUCUACUGAGUGAAUUGCUGAUCUUAAGACUAUCAUUAUUUUGUCCUUCUUUAGAGAGGAAAACGCUCUCAUUGUUAUAGAGAUGAUAUCUGUGGUUUAUUUUCUUCUUGCUCUGGAAGAAACUGGCCUUCACUUACUCUGGAAGAAUCUAUAAUCUCCCCAUUGAAUUUAUGGCUUCAUCUAUUAUAUUCAGUCAAUAAUGUUG